AUGAUCGCCCAACUACAACAAUCACUUAUACAACGAAAUACGAAUUAUGAGAAGAAGAAGAAUUUAGAUGACGUGGCGAGUGUCCUGACGGAGAGAAGUCUCAAGGAUCGAUUGGCGUCGUUGAGUAAUAGCGCAGAACAAUGGAAAAGUCGUCCGACACGUGAGACUCCGCCCCCUUUACAACAACAACGAAGAACAAGUGCCAACAUUCUACAGGAUCUUCCAAUUUUUCAACGAAAUCAAUCGAUUAAUCAACAACGACAGUCACUACCGGUCUCUACAGUCAUCGAGAAACCAUGCGACAUCACUAGUGGACUCAAGAAGUUCUUCAACAGCAAUAAUCCGACGAGUUCAUCGAAAAUUGAUGGUUCUGAAGGAAUCGAAAUCGAUUUGGAUGUGAUAUCGGCGAAGGCGACACCUGUCCUAAAAACAGUAACCCGUCCACGUGCUCCCAACCGUAAACGUGCCGUCAAAUCGGAGAAUCUCCACGACGAUCGUCUCCAUUUGUCGACCGUCAAACUCACUGCUCCUCCGAUUGACGAUGAUCAGGAACCAGAGAAAUUGGAGACUCAAGAACAGGCGAUUGCCGCUUUAAAAGACGCCAAAUGUCUUCUGAAAACGCCGACGAAAGUGUCUCCAUACCCACAAGUGAUGCUCAUCCAAAUUCGUGGCUCCAAAUAUGUCGACGUGCGUCUCGUGGCUCCCGCGAUGACGUCACUUCAUGAAUCGGCGUGUUUCCUUGUCGUCAGUCAGGAGAAUCUUCUGAAAUACGAGGGCUCCGCGAGCAACAUUCUCGAGAAGACAAAAGCAGCACAGUUGGCGAUUCAAAUCAUGGGAAAAGCGGAUUUAAAUUGCCACGCUUCUACGCUGACUACAGUAACCCGAAGUUCCCAAAGUGGGCGGAGCCAACUUUCGAAACUACUGUACUCCUCAGAGAAUCAAAGCAGCAAUCACGCUCCACUGAACACCGACCCUUUCGAAACUCAAAUUUCGAAACUAAACCUUGUCCUCCGUAUCGCUGAUAAUGACCGUACCGCCCAUGUGUGCUCCCGACGGGAACGCGUCAGCUACAGUAUCCUCAAGCCGUCGGAAGUAUUGAUUUUCGAUUUUGGAAGUGAAAUCUACGUGUGGUCGGGCAGAUAUUCGAGUAAAGUUAGCACUGCUUACGCCGUCGAAUACGCGAAACAACUUAUGGAAAAGGCGGUGCUUAAAAAUGGGCGGAGCUUGUUAGGAGAGACGGAAGAGUCGGAAAGAGAUGGGCGGCCCGAAUGGACAUUGUUUAGGAAGAUACAUCAGGGAGUGUUGGACACCCUAUUCCAAUCCAAGUUUUCCGAUUGGCCAGAAACCCGUGAGCUCGUCAACACAUGCAAACCGAAACCCCUUUUCUCCAACUCCAAGAAAUUAACGAAUCCAGAUGUGAAGACGUAUGAAGACGUGAAAAUCUCAAAUGAAGACGAUGACGUUAUGCGAUUAGCCGAGAGAAUGCUCUCGGAGCCAGAAUUCGAUCCGAUUCUGAUUCUAGAAGACCAAGAAAUCGAUCGAAACUUGCGUGACGUCAUCAGUGAAUCUCGUGAUCUAUGGAUUCUCCAAGGGGAGACACUUGAGAAUAUCGAUUUUUCGGAGCAUUUUGACUCCGCCCACUGCUACGUCUUCCGAUGGAAAUAUCGGAUUCAGAAGUCAGGAGUCCGUCGUCUGAAAACAGGCGAGACAACCGAACGAGAGACCGGCCGCACCCGUAUCGCCUUUUUCUAUUGGCUCGGCGAGCACACGACGCCGAAACAACACGGCUUGUGCGCUCUACGGAUAAAGGAGAUUGAUAGGGAUAACUCGCCGCGGGUGCGAGUCGCUGAUGGCAAUGAGCCCGCCCUCUUUUUGGCUCUUUUUGACGGGAAAUUUCGGGUGAGCCGUGGGAAAGCAGCUAGACGCUACGUGGCAAUCGGAGCAAAUUUACGUGAGACAAGUCUCAGGGAAAUUGAUGAUUUGGAUGCUCCUCUACGCUCACACUCGGCUUAUAUCGAUUUUUUGGCGACGACCGCGACGCAGACCGCGACGCCGCAUAUCAUCUGUGGCGCCAACUGCACGCCAGCACAAGUCCAUUUUGUGCUCGCCCACGCCUCACAUCUCGGAGGCUCCGCCCCCCAGGUAGAAGUUGAAGGAGAUCGAAAAUCGAGGCGAUGGAUUCAGUCGAACGGGCGAAAACGGGCGGCACGAAUGUGGAGAAUAUUCGAGAAUGAGGCGGAGCCGGUGCACCACUUGAGUGCACAUUCAGAGUGUGCUUUCAAUUUUUCACAACAGAUCCUCUCUGAAACCAUCCUGAUUGAUGUCGGUGAAGCGCUGUGGUUGUGGUCAGAAGACAUCGUGACGACAUUCUCUCUGAAACUCGUCGAAAAAUACUGGAAAUCUCGUCAAGGACCGACGAGAGUCGUCUAUAAAGGGGCGGAGCCUGAGCAAUUCAAGGCACUUUUCAUGAAAUGGACAGAUUCAGAUGAGGUGGAGAAUCCGAUGGAAUGUCGAGACGCGAAGGAGUUGUUGAAGGAAAGAUGUCGGACAUUUUCACUGAUUGAGUUGAAAGAACGAACCAAUCUGCCAGCUGGAAUGGAUAUGAGACGUCUGGAGAGUUACCUGACUGACGACGAUUUCCAGAAGGCGUUCGGCAUCGGAAGAGACGAAUUCUAUGCGCAGAAGGCGUGGAAACAGAAUGAAGCGAGAAAGCGGACGGGAUUAUUCUAG